AUGCACAACAUCAGUGCGCCGUGCAGUUCCACGGCCCACAAGCAUCUGGUGACGCGACCCUGCCUUCGAUUAUCGCAGUCUUUGUCAAAUCCCCAGCCACAGCAGCAGGAGGAGGAGGAGCAGUCGGAGGAGAGGGACCGCCUGGACACCCAACCGAGUAGCCCUCUGAAGCGUACCAUCUCCUCCACGACCUUCGUGUGCCGUCGCAGUCCCAACAGGAAGCGCAAUUUCAUCCAGGAGAACAUCCGCAAUGUCGGCAGGCCGCGAUCGGCCACAAGGCCAACGACCAGUUCGAUCAAAAAGCAAAGGACUAUGUCACAGCCCAGGAGCGCUGCCAGCGUGUCGUCCGUGUGCACCUUCGAGAUCGGCCAGCGGGACAACGGGUCUCGUCUUUGGGUGUCCCUACCCACGCCACCGCGUGCCCAGAACCGGAAUGCUGCAAGCAGUCCAAGCACUCCGCGCCAAAUGCCACGCAGUCCGUACUCGCCCCAUAACAAGCGACGCAAAGCGGGUGUUUAUCUUACGCCUGUGCGGCGUUGCGCCAUGAACCCGGCCUUGAACCUCGAUCGGAUCUCGUCGGACACAUCGCUGAACUACUCCUUGGAUCGCACGCUCUCGAGCAGCACGUUCUGCGUGCCUACAGAGGGUGAGCCCGAGGCGGAUAACGUGUCGACAACCACAUUCGAGGUUGACUGCAGUCAGGAUCAGGGGCACGAGCAGGAGGAUCAAAGCCCGGUCUCCACUCAAAAUGAAUCUUCAGCAGCUAUGGGAGCAGACGUUGGGAAUGCCACCGCAUGCAGCAUUUACUACAGUGCCAAUGACAACACUCAGGAUCAGAGUCACGAAUCGGUGCAAACUUUAAGCGAUAGAUCCCUGACAAGCGAUGAACAGCCAACGGAAGGGGAGACUGCCGGUGAUGGCCAGGAUGAUACCAGAAAUGACACAGAUUCGACUAAAGACUCCUCCCACGUAAUAGAAGCUGAUACUGAGACAUCCUGCAAGAGUUCUGAAAGGAUACAAUCAAUUGAGUUCGAAGUUCAAGAGGCAGAAACGCAGACAAAUCUAGAUGCCAGUGAAGAAAAUUCAUCCUCGUCGGAUGGUCAUUCGAAUACGGAAGAAGAAGAAACCCCUGUAGAGGCCGAAGUAACUAAUCGCGACUCGAAUGCUAGGAGCUCUACUUCAUUCAAAAGUGUUCUCGAAAUGUCCACUCAAAGUGGGGACGGAGACGAAGACACGGAGAGAGACACCGGAGGAACUUCAACGGAAAAGCAGCUUGUGGGCUCCGAUGCCGAAGCAGAUGAAUCGAACGACGACGAAACGGAUACAAAGAAUACUUCCGAUAAAGCGGAGGACAGUGAAGGGGAACAAGAAUCCAGUGUAAUCGGAGGAGAUCUAAGACGGAUUGAAUCAGGACCGAUUGGAGACUCGACAAAUGACGGGGAAAACUCCGGCAAUGUGGAAGAGAUGCCUUCGACUAGUCUAACAUUGGGGCUCACCGAAGAGGAACUUCGCGACGAGGAGGAGGUGGGAGCGAUGACCAGAGCAAUGCCGCCGUCGAAGUGUUAG